AUGUUGAAGAGAUUUGUUGACCUAAAAGAUGACCUGAAAAGUACCAUAGCAGUGCUGGACAAGGACCUGCCAGUGCUAAGGCAAGAAGAGUGGGAGAUAUGUGACCAGUUAUGUCGAAUACUAAAGCCUUUUGAAGGUGCCACUAAGACAAUUAGUGGCGAGAAAUAUGCAACUGCUUCUUUGGUUAUACCUUUAGUUAAUGGUUUAAAAUCAGUUUGUCUAAAAUUGACUAAAAAGGACUUUCAUCCAGAUGUAAUCCAAGUGGUUUUAAAAUUAAAUUCUGGUCUGUUCGACAGAUUUGAAUCUGUGGAACGUAGUAACACCCUUACUGCUUGCACAUUUUUAGAUCCCAGAUUUAAAAUGCUUGUAUUUGAUAAUGAACAACUAAGCAGUAAUGUCAAAAAAAAUAUUAUUGGCAUUGUUACAGCAAAAUUUUUGGAAAAACAAACUAGAAAUGGAGGCGAGGAAACUGUAAAUAAUAACCAAUGUAGUGAUAGUGAGUCAGAAGAUGAAUUAUCCGUUUGGGGAUCCUUUAAAAAAACUGUCUCUUCAAGUACUAAGCCCAAAGCAACGGCUUCCUCUCAAGCGAUAAUUGAGGUCCAGCGAUAUUUAGAAGAAGAUUUACUACCCCGUAAUGAAGAUCCUUGUAAGUGGUGGAGAGAUUUUAACCACUACUACCCAGUUUUAAGUGAGGUGAUCCGUGAAAAAUUUUGUGCUCUAGCUACCUCAGUGCCGUGCGAGAGGUUAUUUUCGAAGGCAGGCUUGAUCAUCAGCGAAAGACGGAGUCGAUUAAAAGCACAUAAAGCUCGAAUGUUGGUUUUUUAA